AUGUCCACCUUGCGCUCCGCACAGAUUCUUUCCUCCGCUAUUUCUCAGAUGCAGCAAUUUUAUGGGAUUCCGGUCACAGGGGAACUAGACAAAGCCACCACAGAGUGGAUGCAGAGGCCACGCUGCGGUGUCCCGGAUCAGUACGGUAGUAGAGCCAAAUCGAACAUGCGUCGGAAACGCAUCCAAAAUUACUCCGACAAGCUGGGUGUGUACAACUCUGUGGAUGCCAUACGGAAGGCCUUUGCUGUGUGGUCCAGUGCUACUUCCCUAACCUUCAAGGAAAUUCCCUACGAGUCCCUGCGACAGCACCAGGCCACCGCCGACAUUGUCAUCCUUUUUGCCUCCAGCUUCCAUGGUGACAGCUCCCCCUUUGACGGCCCUGGUGGCUUUCUAGCACAUGCCUACUUUCCGGUCCAGGGAUGGGUGGUGACGCCCAUUUUGACUCUGAAGAACCGUGGACACCAAUGUCGUCCUUGGCAGGGAAUCACCUUUUCCUGGUGGCUGUUCAUGAGCUCGGACACUCGCUGGGCCUAG